CCGCUCACUCUCAUUUGUAUCUUUUCUCAACUCUCGUUUUUUCUUUCUCGCUUCGUCUCCUCAGUUGGCAUUUUGCCUUCUCUCUCUCUGCUCAUCGCAAACUGCAAAGACGCCAUGAGAAGACCAGCAAUUACUUCGAUUUCUCACAAGAAACCUGAAGCGCAAUCGCGAGUUGCGAAGAAACUCAACACAGAUCCUAAUGUGAAGAAAGACAAAUCAAGGAAGAAAGAUCCUGAUGCUCCGAAAAGACCAGCUGGAGCGUUCUUCGUUUUCAUGGAGGAGUUCCGGAAGAUGUAUAAAGAGAACUUUCCUGAUAACAAAUCUGUUUCUGCUGUUGGGAAAGCCGGCGGAGAAAAAUGGAAAUCAAUGUCUGAUUCUGAGAAGGCUCCUUAUGUUGCUAAAGCUGACAAGAGAAAGGCUGAUUAUGAAAAGGCUCUGAAAUCAUAUAACCAGAAAGCUAACGGCGCUGGAGACGGAGCUAAGGAUGACGAUUCUGACAGGUCGACUUCCGAGGUCCAUAACGGGGAGAUAGGCGAGAACGAGCCAUAGAGUUAGCCAACACUGGAGAAAAUGCGAACAGUGGAAUUUCUGGGCUGGUUGGUUGGAAUAGUUCUUGUUUUCCUAAUGUACUUACACAAGCGGUAAUUGUGUAAAUGUUGCGGCUCUUCCAGGACUGUUUCACUUCUACGUACAUUGGUUCAUAAUACAUACUUUAGAGAUACAGAUACUUCGGUUAUAAUACGCAGUACAUAUGAGAUGCAUAUACUACUUUGUAGUGUUUCCAACUAUAAUAGGACAAGGACAACUGUGUAAUGGCAGUUUGCAUGAACGUGAAGCAUACACUGUUCUCUUUUA